AUGUGGCUGGUGCAGAUACUGUACUUGGUGGGCUCGUUGACGGUCUUUGCUGGUCUGCUGCUGGGCUACUGCGGAGAAAGUGUCAAUGGAGACUUCUACGGCAAUGCGAGUGCGAAGCUUCUGCGCUUCCGAGACUUUGAGCCCCGCCAGCAAGGGCGACACUUGGACGAGGCCUUCGCGGAGGAGAUGGAUGCGGAGAUGGACAUGGGGAUGGAUAUGGGCCUGCCUGGCGGGGGGCGGGAGGGACGUGGCUUCCACUUUCAUGCCAGCGGCGAGGAUGUCAGCGUCGAGUUGGAGUUCAUCGUGCCAUUCCUGAAGGUGCCGGUGAAGCGCAGCAUGGGCCUGGCCCGCGACGCCGUGCAGAACCUCCUGAACCUGCGCACGGGAACGCUGCUCAACACGGCGGUUGUGGUGGCUGCAGGAGCUGUCAUUGCAGCCGUGGUGCGCCUGCUCCUGGCUCCGCUGGUGAUCACGUCGCUGGGCAACGGACACGGACACGGAUACGGCUACAGAUCGGAUACCGCCAGAGGCAUGCGCAGCCUAACGGACGCUGUGGAGUCCCACCUGGAGGAGCACAACAUGGACGUGUCCGCCUGUGCCCAGCGCUACAUCUGCCAGUACCUGCAGCACAGUGUUUCCCCGAGCUAUGCGCGGGCUCUCCACGUGGUCGCCAGCUCUCCCUGGCUGGAUUCCCUCACCAAAGACACUGCGGUUCGCCAUGCCGUCGAAACGGCGCGAGGCAGUCGGACCUGUGCCUACACCUACGCGAGAUGUAGAUGGCCUCCUCCUCGGCCCUCUCUCGGGAAGCCCCGCUACUCGCUGUGGACCUCGCGGACGUUGCCAAAAGUCCUGCAGUACUUCAACGGUUGA